AUGAACAUGAAGAAUCUAGCCGAUGUUUGCAGGAGACUGGAUUGUGGUUCUCUGGUGUCAGCCAGAGAAACAAGAGACAAUUUGAACAUAACUUGUUCAGACUCUGUCAGGCUGGAGGACGGAUCCAGUCGGUGUUCAGGCAGGCUGGAGGUGAAGUCCAACAACUGGUGGUCCUCCGUGUGUGAAGAUGACUUUGACCUGCUGGAUGCAGAGGUGGUCUGUAGGGAGCUGGGCUGUGGGGCUCCUUCAGUCCUCCAGGGGGCGCUCUAUGGAGAAGCAGAAGCUCCCAUAUUGAGCAGAGAGUUUCUCUGUGAAGGUCAUGAGUCUGUUCUUCUGGACUGUGGAAGCUCAUGGAGGAAAACAAAAGCCUGUCCACCUGACAAAGCUGUUGGACUCACCUGCUCAGACUCUGUCAGGCUGGAGAACGGAUCCAGUCGGUGUUCAGGCAGGCUGGAGGUGAAGUCCAACAACUCGUGGUCCUCCGUGUGUGAAGAUGACUUUGACCUGCUGGAUGCAGAGGUGGUCUGUAGGGAGCUGGGCUGUGGGGCUCCUUCAGUCCUCCAGGGGGCGCUCUAUGGAGAAGCAGAAGCUCCGUUUUUGACCAGAGAGUUUCUCUGUGAAGGUCAUGAGUCUGUUCUUCUGGACUGUGGAAGCUCAUGGAGGAAAACAAAAGCCUGUCCACCUGACAAAGCUGUUGGACUCACCUGCUCAGAUCCUGAUACUGUGAGACUGAUGGGAUCGAGUCGUUGUUCUGGUGAACUCCAGGUGAAAAUCGGAAGAGAAUGGAGAGCUGUUGAUGCCCGGAUGUUUCAAAGAACAGAAACAACAUUAGCAUCUGUGUGCAAGAACCUGAAGUACUCUGUCAGGCUGGAGAACGGAUCCAGUCGGUGUUCAGGCAGGCUGGAGGUGCAGUCCAACAACUCGUGGUCCUCCGUGUGUGAAGAUGACUUUGACCUGCUGGAUGCAGAGGUGGUCUGUAGGGAGCUGGGCUGUGGGGCUCCUUCAGUCCUCCAGGGGGCGCUCUAUGCAGAAGCUCCCAUAUUGAGCAGAGAGUUUCUCUGUGAAGGUCAUGAAUCCUUCUACUGUGAGACUGAUAGGAUCGAGUCGUUGUUCUGGUGA